CCUAGACCGAGUACGGAAGUAACGUUAGAAACAGUACUUGUGCGGGUUCAGGUUUCCGCCUGUGGACGGUUUGCAAGAUCCUCCACCCGACACAGACAGCUAUCGAUUAACAGAAAACAUUUGUGAUUACCAGAAGCACACGAGAUGGCAGGACGAUUACCGGCGUGUGUUGUCGACUGCGGUACAGGGUAAGCUAUUCAAACUAGACCGCCUUGCAGACAGCGCACCGAGAUUUUGGGUGUCACCGAGCCCAUCGCUGUCAGCAACUGGGUGUGUGUGCUAGCUAUAGUUUGCUAAUAAAUUCAAUCAAUGUAACCUUUCAUGGCCAUUCAUUGACAAAACUAACGUGUUUUAAUCGUUUUGUUAGGCUGUUAUUGUACUGCUGUUUAACAGCACUUGCCUUAAACAUAAAUGUCUGCUGUAUUCGCUAGAUGGCUAGCUAUAAGCCUGCUGUUUUAGCAAUAAGCCUGCUAUUUGCUUUCAUCAUCAGAAAAUGUUUUCUUCCUGUUGGAAAGGCUUUUUCAAUACAAAAAAUCCACCCAAUCUAUUUGACUGUGCUUCAUUGCUGGGGAUCUAAUAUAUUGCAUUUCGGAAAUACUUUGAGUGGACAGUAUAAAGGGACUUUCCAUGUUUAUUGUAAAGUUAAAUUUUGUAAUGGUAUUCAUUUCAUAAGUAAUUUUACAGUGUUUGCUCACUAGUGAUGCCCGGCUUUGAGCACGCGCAGAGCGACUUCCUACAUUGUCGACUUCCUCAUUCACGUUUUUUAGUCCAUAUAUGGUCGUUUUCGGCAUCAGAACAUGUUUUCUUUCUAUUAGCAUACUAUUCUAAUUUCUUCAAUUUAGCCGGACCUUUACCAUCUCAAAUGAAAAUAUACAUGAAUAUUUUCUGAAUAACAAAGACUGAUUUGUAUUCUAUAGAAAAGCACGAGGAUUUUCAUUUGGGUGACUUCACAGUUCUACAACACUUUGUUUUGAUUGUGCAUACUUCUGCUUCAUGCCCAUCCUUUUUUAUAAUCUCUAAAUAUUGUGAAUGCCAAUAUACUGAUUGCAGGUCCCAAGAUCAAUUAAAAGCCAGUGAAUUAAUAACAGUUGGACCUAGGCUAAUCCCUCAUUAUUGAACAGUGUAAUUCACCACAGAAUUCUAGUUGCCUGCAACUUGUUUUAGCAAAUAAUCACUUUGUUUAAUGCAAUUCAGACACAAUAAUGUUUUUUGCAUUCUGUUACUAGUGAUGGGGGGAAUAUGAUUAUUUUUUACGAUAUAUAGUUUUGACAAUAUCGCUAUAUUAUUUUUGCGCUAGUCAGCUAUACCUGCACCAAAACUCGAAUCGCAAUAAAAUCACAGUAUCGAAUCGCAAUGCAUAUAGAAUCAUGAGAAUCACAAUACAUAUCGUAUUGCCACCUAAGUAUCGUGAUAUCUUAUCGUGAUGUCCCUGGCAAUUCCCAGCCCUAAUCGUUAGGCCUACUUACUGUCUAUUUAUGCACACGUUUUAAUCUAAGGAGCGUUAUCUAAUGUAGGCAUUUGAUAUAGCCUAGACCUAGAGACUUAGAUUAUUUGAAAUGACAGGGAUUUAUGUUUAAUACUAUAGUUGGGGUUAUCACUCAUGUUUCCUUGCAUACCUCUCCACUUAUCUUCCCCACUCCCUUUGGGCUAUUAGUUAGGCUAGUGCAUCUGGUCCACACUGGGGAAGAGGACUUGAAAACUACAGCUGAGGAUGGAAAAUGAUGCUAACUCCUUUGUAGAGCAGAUGUUUGAAACUGCUGAGAAGGCCAAGAUGCUAAAUUACCAGGCCAGCAGAAGUCUGGUUGAGUAGGCAACACCACCACACAGCUCAUGAGUCAUGCUCACAACAGCCAAAAUAUUUGAACAGAACUCCACAUCCUCUUACCUCAUGCACAAGUGGGCCGCUAUUCUUAGAACUCAACAGUGAAAUGGAGCAGCAGAGUUAUUAUGGGGCUUAUUUUGUCCACUUCUCUAUAACAGUUGUGUUGGGAGGUCUGUGAAGAGCCACUGUUUUAUGUAGGCUACUGUAUGUUUUCUUUUGCAGGGGUCUGUUCUUGGUCUAAACAAAUGUUUCAAAUGCAGGUGUUGCAGGCCAGGCUUGCAGCUAAGUCUAGUACCUGGGGCUAGGGUGGAGUCGGCAUUUGCUUAUCAUGCUCAGCAAACAGUUUGAUUUCACACAGUAAGGCCAUUAUCAUUAUUCAAACUUGGCCUAUACCAGGCCUUGAGUCACGUUGUGGUCUUUCAUCAAACACCGUAAUAAGGUAGCCUAGCUUAAAUUUCAGGCCUUGCCUAGGCCUAAUGCCCAAUCCCAAAUUGACCUCUAUCUCCUACCCUCCAUUUUAGGCACUUCCGUUGGCCUAUUUCUAAGAAGAUUGGAUGGGUGUUGCCUAAGCAUUGUCAUAUCUUGUAGGCUAUACCUAUCCAAUCCUCUCAGUGAGGAGGGGCUUGCUCGCUAGAGGGUCGAUUUGGAUUUGAGCACUCCUGUGGUUAUGUCCACUGCUAAGAGUGUAGUGCAACAGGCUUGUUGAGGCAGGUAGCUGCCCCAGACAAGCUAGGACUGUUCUGUGGAAUGAAGCCCCAAGGCUAUGUUUUUGUGUCUUCCACGUGCACCUGCUAAAAUGUUAAUCCUUACAGGCUCUGUUAUUCCUCACUCAUUGGGUAGGCCUUGCUAUAUUUACAAUGCUGUUAAAAUAGGACUUAAAAGCAACUUGGCCUACUUUCUAUAGGCUAACAUACUGCACUGAAACAAUGGUAUUGAAAAGCAUCUCAGACGAUGUGUCUCAUAUCCUUAUGGUAGUAGCCUUUGUCUCAACUAUGCUGAGCUCUCUUGGGCUGAGUUUUCUAGGCUACGCAUUCACAGUAAACACAAAGUUAACUGUUGUGUAUGCAGCUUAUCGUUCUGCGAUAAGGCAUUAGCCGAGUGUAAGUGAACCUUAAUUGCAACACUGCUGGCACUCAGACCAGUGGUAGGAUGAUGAUUUGCUAAGAUUUAUACUCAAGUUGUGGAUUUGGGAAAAUGUAUGAAUAACCCCUUAGAUUCCAAAUGCCCUUUUACACUCUUCCUAUUGAAGGGUAGGCUAUUCAGAGUUGAGCUGCAGUUGUUGGCACUAGACUGAUCCAUGGAAGAACAGGGGUUGUAUUGAUAAAAAUCACAGAAGCUAGGCCAAACCAAAAUAUAGGCUAUGCCUGCUAAUCGAUUUUUAAUUGUUUCUCCUUUUAUAAAGUGUCACCAUACAAAGAAAAUGCGAGCAAGUGUUGUUCAAUCUAAUGGUGUGCCUUCUCUCUUUCAGAUACACUAAGCUGGGGUAUGCAGGGAACACAGAGCCACAGUUCAUUGUUCCAUCAUGUGGGUAUAUGUGUCCAGACGAUUCGCCUCACAUUGACGAUAGGCCUAACUGUUGCCUAGACAAAAGUAAUUUUAAUAAGCAGAGCCCUAACACGGUUUCAAAGAGUCUAGGUAAUGAUCUGAUAUUAUUGAUGCUGAAAGUGUUUUCAAGCCUGUUUUUCUAUUUUAGAACUCUUUGGGGCCAUGCUUUGGAAAUACAAGGCUGGAUAGUGAACAGUGAAGGCAUAGGUCACUCUUGCACUUGGUGUUCGACUGGAUUUAUGUCUUAAGACCUUUCAUCAAACACGGCCUUAGUCUACUUGAUUCUCUCUUUCUCUCUCUCUCGCUCUCUCUUUUUGUCUUUCUCUUUCUUUCUCCCUCCAUUGGUCUCUCUCCUCCCUACCAGGUAUUGCAAUCAAAGAGUCGGCCAAGGUUGGAUCAAGGACGGUCAAGGGGGUGGACGACCUGGACUUCUUCAUCGGAGACGAGGGGAUAGACAAGCCCAAUUAUGCCACAAAGGUACCAAACCCGUUGGCUCAAAAAGGCUACAGGACCACCAAAUACAGUAUAUUUAAACUCGCAUAUACUACAAGCAAACCUGCCCAAUGCCAAACAUGACAGCCCUAAAGUGCCAUUUGUGUGUGACCAAUACAAUGCACAAACCCACCAAUUGAACAUGAUAAAUGGCCUACAAGUUGUCAUGUGAGAACUUGCAUACUGUGCAUUUCAAAGAUUCCUAUUCCAAGGAAAUACGGAAACCAGUAUACUGCACCAGAGAGGCAUCUGUCAACAGCCAGUCACUCUCAUUUCACAUUACUAUUUGUCACUACUAUGUUUCACCAAGCAAUGCACUGAAUGUUUGUUAGUGCACAUGAUGUGCUGCUAGGCCAUGUAGGCCUACUCAUUGUAUGGUCUUGUACUUGAAGUGUCAUUCAACCAUGGACUAAAAUGUAUGUUGGUGUACUUAGUCACUAAGUAAUUUACUAGACAGGGCCCAGUUUCCCAAAAGCAUCUUAAGGCUGCGUUCAUAGUUAGAAUCUUCGUAGGAGCAUCGUUAAAUCUCUGAGCUGUUUCCCAAAACCAUCGUUACUAAUGUUGCAAUUGAAAAUACUUAUUUACCGACUGCCUCAGACCUCUCUAACAGCUAAGUGCGUCGUUAGAUGCGUUUUUUCCCCUACCGCGUCACUUUAUACACAGAAGAGAUCCACUAAACAUAGAAUCAAAUGUUUAUCUGUCUCUCUGUGACCACCGAUAGCUUCACAAAGAAGUUAACUAUGAGUACAAAGUUGCCAAUGUCUUUGCAAUUGUUAAAAACAAGAGAAGGAUCAAAAUAUGUUUCAAAUGAAAACCGAGAUGACUGCAUUAAAAGAUAAAUAUACUACAUUAUAGGAUACAUAGGCCUGUAUAAUUCAUUAAUAUUCAAAUCAAUCAUUCAAUUGAGUUACAGUUGAAGUCGGAAGUUUACAUACACUUAGGUUGGAGUCAUUAAAACUAGUUUUUCAACCACUCCACACAUUUCUUGUUAACAAACUAUAGUUUUGGCAAGUCGGUUAGGACAUCUACUUUGUGCAUGACACAAGUAAUUUUUCCAACAAUUGUUUAGACAGAUUAUUUCACUUAUAAUUCACUGUAUCACAAUUCCAGUGGGUCAGAAGUUUACAUACACUAAAUUGACUGUGCCUUUAAACAGCUUGAAAAAUUCCAGAAAAUUAUGUCAUGGCUUUAGAAACUUCUGAUAGGCUAAUUGACAUAAUUUGAGUCAAUUGGAGGUGGACCUGUGGAUGUACAAAAGAAAUCAGCCAAGACCUCAGAAUUUUUUUUUGUAGACCUCCACAAGUCUGGUUCGUCCUUGGGAGCAAUUUCCAAACGCCUGAAGGUACCACGUUCAUCUGUACAAACAAUAGUACGCAAGUAUAAACACCAUGGAACCACGCAGCCGUCAUACCGUUCAGGAAGGAGACGCGUUCUGUCUCCUAGAGAUUAAUGUACUUUGGUGCGAAAAGUGCAAAUCAAUCCCAGAACAACAGCAAAGGACCUAGUGAAGAUGUUGGAGGAAACAUGUACAAAAGUAUCUAUAUCCACAGUAAAACGAGUCCAAUAUCGACAUAAUCUGAAAGGCCGCUCAGCAAGGAAGAAGCAAACUGUAGUCUGGCUUUUUUAUGGGGUUUUGGAGCAGUGGCAACUGCACAUGGGGACGAAGAUCGUACUUUUUGGAGAAAUGUCCUCUGGUCUGAUGAAACAAAAAUAGAACUGUUUGGCCAUAAUGACCAUCGUUAUAUUUGGAGGAAAAAGGGGAAGGCUUGCAAGCCGAAGAACACCAUCCCAACUGUGAAGCACGGGGGUGCCAGCAUCAUGUUGUGGGGGUGCUUUGCUGCAGGAGGGACUGAUGCACUUCACAAAAUAGAUGGCAUCAUGAGGAAGGAAAAUUAUGUGGAUAUAUUGAAGCAGCAUCUCAAGACAUCAGUCAGGAAGUUAAAGCUUGGUCGCAAAUGGGUCUUCCAAAUUAACAAUGACCCCAAGCAUACUUCCAAAGUUGUGGCAAAAUGGCUUAAGGACAACAAAGUCAAGGUAUUGGAGUGGCCAUCACAAAGCCCUGACCUCAAUCCUAUAGAACAUUUGUGGGCAGAUCUGAAAAAGCGUGGGCGAGCAAGGAGGCCUACAAACCUGACUUAGUUACACCAGCUCUGUCAGGAGGAAUGGGCCAAAAUUAACCCAACUUAUUGUGGGAAGCUUGGGGAAGGCUACCCGAAACGUUUGACCCAAGUUAAACAAUUUAAAGGCAAUGCUACCAAAUACUAAUUGAGUGUAUGUAAACUUCUGACCCACUGGGAAUGUGAUGAAAUAAAUAAAAGCUGAAAUAAAUCAUUCUCUCUACUAUUAUUCUGACAUUUCACAUUCUUAAAAUAAAGUGGUGAUCCUAACUGACCUAAAACAGGGAAUUUUUACUACGAUUAAAUGUCAGGAAUUGUGAAAAACUGAGUUUAAAUGUAUUUGGCUAAGGUGUAUGUAAACUUCCGACUUCAACUGUAUAUUUUGCUAAUUGUAGGCUACUGUUUAAUUUUGUCUCAAUAUAUUUCAUGUGUAACAACAAUGAUGUGCCAAAUCUUGAUUUAUUAUUAUAGGGUAAGCAUUAGAAUAACCCACCUCAAUAUUUGCAGCCAGGGAUGAUAUAUUUUUAGGACCUGAUCCGUCGUCAGUAUUGUGGAAUAAUUUGAAUGUUAAGGUAAGAUUUGAAUUGGGAAAGCUGAUCCGAGAACACCGCUCUCUUUCGAUCCUAUCAGUAUCGACACAUGCCUCAACGACGCACUUAGCGAACGUUCUCUCUGCGUGGUGUUUUGGUAAACACAUGUUAGAUCUUCGGCCGUUGUAAGAAAGAUGCAUUGUUAAAACACUCAUAAGCCUAAGUUCUAUCGGGAAACCAGGCCCUUUGUUUGCCAGUGUGACUGACCUUUGACCUCUCACCCACAGUGGCCCAUCCGUCACGGCAUUGUGGAGGACUGGGACCUGAUGGAGAGGUUCAUGGAGCAGGUGAUCUUCAAGUACCUGAGGGCGGAGCCUGAGGACCACUACUUCCUGUUGGUAAGAGGACCUUGGGCCAAAUGGGACAUUUACGGGAUAGAAAGACACAAUACAGUUGGAUAGAGGGCACACUUGCCACAAAGAGGGUAGGCUCUCUUUCCAACCUGAUGGGGGAAACGAAAACCAACGGGACUGCGGAACUCGAGGUCCAGAGUUGUGCACCCCUGGAUUAAAAAGUGCUGUCGUAAAUGCCAAGACACUUAAGGAAGUAGGACUAUAUCAGUACUGUGAGCCAAGUGAAAUGGAACACCCAGUGUGAGGGAACUGAAACAAAACGGUUAAAACAGUGGGCUAAAAACCUUGGGUCUUCCUGGGGCAUACAUCUAUUAAUAGGGUUGGCUACACUUCCAGGAUUACAAGCUCGCUAUCUAGUUACCUUGGAGGUUUCUCGGAGGGUCUGAUGUAAGUUGUUACUCUGAUCUUAAAAGCGCGUCUCGGCAGAAUACAAAUAAAUACCUUUUUUUCCCUUCUUUUUUUUGCAGUGUUGGCCGCUGCUGAUAAAUGAAUGUAGGGGGAACACUAAGGCUGUUAUAAUACAUUGUAACUAAGACCUUUUCUGUAGGUACAUAGCAUAGACUAUUACCUGUAAUUGAGGGUCGAUGUGGUUGUUAAUGAAUCUGAUGCUGGUUGGAUUAGUGUGUCUGUGUUGAAGUCUAACUCCCAGUACUGUGGUGUCCUCUUGCAGACAGAGCCUCCUCUGAAUACACCAGAGAACCGAGAGUACACAGCAGAGAUCAUGUUUGAGUCCUUCAACGUCCCAGGGCUCUACAUUGCAGUGCAGGUAUGGCCUCAUCAUCCCUGGGAACACUAUAUCUAGCAGACAAAAUAAUGUGGUCAAUGACAUCACGGACACCCUGAUGUGGUACACCUCAAUGUUGUUGCUUUACAAUGGUGUCACAUUGACGUUGUGUUCUCUAUACCCAAGGCUGUCCUGGCGCUGGCGGCCUCCUGGACAUCCAGACAGGUGGGGGAGAGGACACUGACGGGGACGGUCAUCGACAGCGGAGAUGGAGUCACCCAUGUUAUCCCUGUGGUGAGUGACAAACACACCUGACCUGAGGAAAGUCUUCUCACAUCUGACAGAAAAGACUGAUCGAUUACACACAUUCACACGUGCACACGCUAUACAGUGCACACACACACAGAGGGUGUUUCUUAAAAUGCACACUACUGCGCUCCGAGCACACAAAUUAGAGCACAGGAGGGUCUGAGUAUGAGUCCAAAUCAAAGUAUGCAAAACGGAGCACGGAGGGCACUUCUCGAAUGCGUACUCCGUUUGUACAUAUUUUGAAGCAUGCAUCGAUGCAAGCUUCAACGGGAAGUAUUCAAAGAAAUAUACAAAAUAUUGAAAUCAAUGGCAGCCAUUAUUUCAGCUUAAGCGAGAGAAAAUAAACUCAGACUUCGGAAUGAAAUAUUGCCUAUUCACGUUUCAUAUGUCUUGAUACGUUAAUAAAUACAUGCUGUGUUAAUUUUGGCAUGUUUACCUGCCUACGUACCGUAGAUCGCAAGCCCAAAGUAAGUCAAUAGGGCUAGAUACUAGUACUGUUAGCUAGCCAGAUAGCCAGAAGAAUUGAAUCUAUCUUGCGUAAUAUUAGUUUUAGGUCAUUUUUUCCUGUUAAACUAUCUGAUUAGCUACAUUAUUACGAUUCAUAUACAGUGCAUUCGGAAAGUAUUCAGACCCCUUCCCCUUUUCCACAUUUUGUUACGUUACAGCCUUAUUCUAAAAUGGAUUAAAUCGUUUUUUCCCUCAUCAGUCUACACACAAUACCCCAUAAUGACAAAGCAAAAACAGGUUUUUAGAUAUCUGGCGGGGCCACUCAAGGACAUUGAGACAUGUCCCUAAGCCACUGCUGCAUUGUCUUGGCUGUGUGCUUAGGGUCGUUGUCCUGUUGGAAGGUGAACCUUCACCCCAGUCUGAGGUCCUGAGCGCUCUGGAGCAGGUUUUCAUAAAGAAUUUCUCUGUACUUUGCUCCGUUCAUCUUUCCCUCGAUCCUGACUAGUCUCCCAGUCCCUGCCGCUGAAAAACAUCCACACAGCAUGAUUAUGCUGCCACCACCAUGCUUCACAGUAGGGAUGGUGCCAGGUUUCCUCCAGACGUAACGCUAGGCAUUCAGGCCAAAGAGUUUAAUCUUGGUUUCAUCAGACCAGAGAAUCUUGUUUCUCAUGGUCUGAGAGUCCUGUAGGUGUGUUUUGACAAACUCCAAGUGGGCUGUUAUGUGCCUUUUACUGAGGAGUGGCUUCCGUCUGGCAACUCUACCAUAAAGGCCUGAUUGGUAGAGUGCUGCAGAAAUGGUUGUCCUUCUGGAAGGUUCUCCCAUCUCCACAGAGGAACUCUGGAGUUCUGUCAGAGUGACAAUCAGGUUAUUGGUCACCUCCCUGGCCAAGGCCCUUCUCCCCCGAUUGCUCAGUUUGGCCAGGCGGCCAGCUCUAGGAAGAGUCUUGGUGGUUCCAAAAUUCUUCAAUUUAAGAAUGAUGGAGGCCACUGUGUUCUUGGGGACCUUCAAUGCCCUCGACACAAUCCUGUGUCGGAGCUCUACAGUCAAUUCCUUCAACCUCAUGGCUUGGUUUUUGCUCUGACAUUAACUGUCAACUGUGGGACCUUAUAUAGACAGGUGUGUGCCUUUCCAAAUCAUGUCCAGUCAAUUGAAUUUACCACAGGUGGACUCCAACCAAGUUGUAGAAACAUCUGAAGGAUGCUCAAUGGAAACAGGAUGCACCUGAGCUCAAUUUCGAGUCUCAUAGCAAAGGGUCUGAAUACUUCUGUAAAUAAGGUAUUUCCGUUUUUUAUUUGUAAUCAAUUUGCACAAAAAUUCAAAAAACCUGUUUUUGCUUCGUCAUUAUAGGGUAUUGUGUGUAGAUUGAGUACAUUUUUUUUAUUUAAUAAAUUUUUGAGUAAGGCUGUAACGUAACAAAUUGUGGAAAAAGGGAUGUGGUCUGAAUACUUUCCGAAUGCACUGUACCUAGCUGAUAAUUAUGAAGUAAAACGCUUGCUUUGUGUAUAUGUUGGAAGAAGGCUCAGUGAAUGGGGAGGUGAAGUGUGAGGUAAUACAGUAGGGGGAGUGCGAGUGCUUCUCAAAUGUAGUGUUUUAUGCGUUCUCCACACUCGUUCUCACAAGAACAUACUCAAGAGAACGUGGUCGGAGAAUGCACUUGGAGCAUGAGUAUGGAGCACGGUAGAAUACAUAUUGAGAAACACCCAGAGAGUAAAGGGAUUUUUAUUUUUUUUAUAGAGAGACGGAAAGGUACAACCUGAACUUGUCCAAUAGGAACACAGAUUUUUGUGUUCCAUUGCUAAAUGUUUUGCUACUGCGUGUCAUACUGAACACAACCAUGGUCCGAGCGAAAGGCUCUCUCAGCCAGACCCCUGAUCCUGCAUGUUGAGGUUCAUGUGUCUCAAUACUUCUCAGUGGCCUCCUUUGCCUGUUUCGUUCCCCUUUACUUAACAAAUCUAUACUGAACAAAAAUAUAAACGCAACAUUUACAGUUCAUUUAAGGAAAUAAGGCAAUUUAAAUAAAUAAAUUAGGACCUAAUCUAUGGAUUUCACAUGACUGGGCAGGGGCGCAGUCAUGGGUGGUGCUUGGAGGUCAUAGGCCCACCCACUGGGGAGCCAGGCCCAGCCAAUCAGAAUUAGUUUUUAUUACAGACAGAAAUACUCCUCAGUUUCAUCAGCUGUCUGGGUGGCUGGUCUUGGACGAUCCCGCAGGAUAAGAAGCCAGAUGUGGAGGUCUUGGGCUGGCGUAGUUACAUGUGGUCUGCGGUUGUGAGGCCGGUUGGACGUACUGCCAAAUUCUCUAAAACGACAUUGGAGGCGGCUUAUGGUAGAGAAAUGAACAUUAAAUUCUCUGGCAACAGCUCUGGUGGACAUUCCUGCAGUCAGCAUGCCAAUUGCACGCUUCCUCAAAACUUGAGACAUAACUGGCAUUGUUCUGUGACAAAUCUGCACAUUUUAGUGGCCUUUUAUUGUCCCCAGCACCAGGUGAAUGAUCCUGCCAUUUAAUCAGCUUAUUGAUAUGCCACACCUGUCAGGUGGAUGGAUUGUCUUGGCAAAGGGGAAAUUAAAGGGAUGUAAACAAAUCUCUGCACUAAAUGUGUGAGAGAAAAGCUUUUUGUGCGUAUGGAACAUUUCUGGGAUCUUUUAAUUCAGCUCAUGAAACAUGGGACCAACACUUUACAUGUUGCCUUUAUAUUUUUGUUCAGUAUAAAAAAGACUGGAUGGGUAAAAGCCAGGGAAAGGAUUACUAUCUUGGCCAUUUCUUUUCAAUCAGUGCAGAUGAAAGCAACUAUCCAUGUAGGCCUCUCUAUACUUUUGACACACAGCCUUAGAUACAGGAAGAAUUGCCUGGCAAGGAAAUAUAUUGGUAGAACACACGUUGUGUGGUCAGUGGCAAUUUAAGUCAGCAUUUUGUAGGAUGUACAAGCCACUGCUUAACAUACAGAAAGUCAGCCAAACUUAAUACUGAGGGAGAAUUCAGGAUGUGAGCAUGUAAUGCUAAUAAAUGUAUGAAAUAAAAAGAUGCCUAUUCAAGGUUGCUUAAAGAAUACAGUCAGUUAUAUAUUCGCUGAUCCCCUUUUCACACUACCAAACUGUACUGGGCUGGCUUGACUACACAUUCACCGUAGUUGCUGGAAAGGACAAUGUGAAAAGAAAAUAUCCAGGCCAGCACAGUACGGUUUAGUUCGGCACAAUAGUGUGAAUCUGGCAUGAGCGUUAUUUAAACACGUGCAUCUACUUUGACUUAUUUAUUCUUAUAUGCUGUGACAUCCCCUCACCCUAGACAUUGUGAACUCUGAACCAUCUGUCUCUUUGUGUUGCUAUAGGCUGAGGGCUACGUCAUCGGCAGCUGUAUAAAGCACAUCCCCAUCGCGGGUCGUGACAUCACCUACUUCACCCAGCAGCUUCUGAGGGAGCGGGAGGUGGGCAUCCCCCCAGAGCAGUCCCUGGAGACGGCCAAGGCAGUCAAGGUAGGUGAUGUCAACCACCACUCCACUCACCAACCACUGUGUUCAUAGUACAGUCAAGGAGCCAAUCCUAGACCAAAUUCUUAACCCUAUCCCUGGUUCUGAGGCAAGGUUUUUCCAGAAUGUUGAUUUCAAAUUGAAACGAUCCUGUGUUGCCUUAGGACAUUUUCACACAGAAAUAAUGUACUCUGUUGUGGUUCCCUAAGCCAUUUGUAAGAAUUCAACAAAAUAUCUCAUGCUUUCACAAGAACUGUUUCGGGUGCGAUUUACACAAUUCAUUCUACAUUGCAGUAGCAUACUAGCUUGGCUUGAUAACAACAGUCAGACAGUUCCUCACAACUCGCACUACUGCAUCAUAACACCUGUCACUCUGGUCCUGGGUCCUGGACCGACCACUCUGGCAGAAGUCCCACUGUUUUGUCUUUCUCCAACAACUAGUCUACCACUCUCAUUAUUGUCCAGCACUUUCAUUCAAUGAAGGUAUGCGCCCCAACAGCAUUCCUCUAGCAACCACCACUCACACAGUUCAGAUUUUGUCACUGUUUGCAGUGGAAGUUGGGAAGUUGACAGAGUAAAUGAACAUUGCUAGCAAAACUCAGAUUUUUUAAUGAAAUAUAGAUAAAGAAAUAAAUAAACUAAGAUGUCUACAAUGUGUAAUUCUCACCUUGUCUGUAGUUUGUUGGCUAGAACACUAGGUGGAGCCAUUGUUCUAUCGGUAAGUUUAAUACCUCCUGCUAAGCACAUCACUUGAUAUUCAGUCUUCUCUUUUGUGAGGUAGUUUGGAACAUGGGACACAUAGACGCAGUUCUGUUUUUGAUAGUUUGUUCCGGUUACACUUCAAGAUGGACGACUUCAAUCCCCUGGUGCUUCAAAGGGUGUGGUGUUCCCAUUAACCCUAAGCUUGUAAUUGCUCCUCUUGUUUUCACCAGAAUCAAUUGUGAUUCACCUCGCUUCCCUUCUUGAUCCAAAGCAAUACAUGUUUAUUGAAAGGCUCAUCUAAAAUCCUUGUUGGCCAUACUGUUGAAGAUCAUUUGCAUUUGUAUCUACCCAAAUCUGUGUUUUGGAGAAUUGUUUAAGUGUAGUCCUGUGUUGUUGGAAACCCUUAAGAAAAUAAUUUCAAAUGUAAUUAGGGUUCAUUAUAAAAAAGAAUCACAGUUUUCGGUUUUGAUUAAAAAAAAUGUAAACAUUAAAUGCAUUAUGUGGGUUGAAUGCUGUAACAACACAGAAUACAACAAUUAAUAGAAGUCCCAUGAUGGUAGUGACUUCCCAUUCAUUACUGUUUAUCACAUUACUUAAAUAAAAUAUUUCAGUUGUGUAUAGUACAUUAUUUUUAUUUGAUGACUUUAUUUCAUUCCAAGUCAUCUCAUCUCUGUAGAGCUGCUGCCUAUGCUGUCUGACAAAAUCACUAUUUUAGUAUUUCUUCCAAGUAAAUAUGGCAUACUUUUAUGACUGCUGAAUACCAACUAUCAAUCACUUAGAUCAUGUAUUUUCAGGCGAUGCGCUCUAUCCCUCUCGAUCGUGCAUUCUUCUGUCUAUUCUCUCACUUUCUGUGUCUGCCUCACACAAACCUAAUGUAGCACGCGUAAAAGAAACACAGACUGGACAAGUAGGCGAGCAAUUGAUUAUGAUCAUUGUAAGUAAAUUACCACGUUUUCUGCACUAACAGUGUAGAAUAUUGGCCUGUUGGAAACUACGACUCCCUACUACAUUGCACAGUUCGGGCUUGAUCUCUAGAGAUACUGUGCAAUGUGCGCAUUGAGCUCACAAAAACCAAACGAAAAGGGAUUCAAAUAAUUGAACCGAAGUUGGUCAAUUAGUUGUUUUAAAACUGAAAAGUAAUCGAAAUGUCAGUUAAUCGCUCAGCACUAGCAGGUACUUAAUCAACAACAGCUUAAUUUAGGAAGAAGAGCCCCUGGUGUCAGGAUUUAUGUUUUACGUCCUGAGUUGUGUUGCUCACCAAGAUCAAAGACCUUUAAACAUGUAUACUAACACCUAAAAAUUAUAAAUAUAUGACUAUUGAACUUUAAAAAUAAGUUUCAGUCCAGCUCUGUAAGUCUUGUACUGUGGACCACACUGACCCUACAGAAUGUAACAUACAGUAUGUAACCAGUUACACUGUACUUCAUCAUCCCCUCACGCUUUGUCCAUGUCUUUUUCCACCAGGAGCGUUUCAGCUACGUGUGUCCUGACCUAGUGAAAGAGUUCAACAAGUACGACACGGACGGCUCCAAGUGGAUCAAGCAGUACACCGGAAUUAACAACAUCAGCAAGAAGGAGUUCACCGUCGAUGUGGGCUACGAGCGCUUCCUUGGCCCUGAGAUCUUCUUCCAUCCAGAGGUAAGCAGUUAGCACUACGCUAUUAAACAGCAGCAUAGCAAGAGGUUAGCGUUAUGCUAAUUAGACUAGCAUACCAUGAGUGGGAAAUGUUCUCUUCAGUGUCAUCGAGCAUUAGCGUAAUGUUAACUCUGACCCCUAGGUCCUAGGUUACAGUAGCUAAAAAUGUGUGGUAAGGACCAUCAUAAGUAGGGUAAUCCUACAUCAGGGAUCAUCAGCUAGAUUCAGCCGCGGGUCGAUUUCUUCUUGAGCGGAUGGUAGGGGGCCGGUGCAUAAUUACAAAUAAUUUGUAGACUGCAAAUUGACCGCAAGAAGCCCAAACAGAUAUAAUAUUUGACUAAAACAUAAUUGUUUCAAACCUGGCUUACAUUUGUAUAUGAUCACAUGUACUGUUAACUGCCAAAAUACAGGAAACGAGGGAAAGUAUUUUAAAAGCAGGUGCUUUCACUCAGGGUGUGGUUCCUGAGUUAAUUAAGCAGUUCACAUCCCAUUAUGUUCAUGUAUAAAAAUGAUGGGCAGGGCAUUAUUUUGGCUACCAUGGCUAUGCCCUCAUAGGAUGACAAUGCCCCCACAUCCACAGGGCACAAAUGAUCACUGAAUGUUUUGAUGAGCAUGAAAACAAUGUAAACCAUAUGCCAUGGCCGCCUGUCACCAGAUCUCAUCCCAAUUGAUCACUUAUGGGAGAUUCUGGAGCGGCGCCUGAGACUGCGUUUUCCACCACCAUCAACAAAACAUUAAAUGGUAGAAUUUCCCAUGGAAUAAUGGUGUUGCAUCCCUCCAAUGGAGUUCCAGACACUUGUAGAAUCUAUGCCAAGGUGCAUUGAAGCUGUUCUGGCUCGCCCUAUUAAGACACUUUAUUUUGGUGUUUUUUUUAUUUUGGCAGUUACCUGUAUCUCUUUUAUGCGUGGGAAUACUUUGAAACAGAUUUCCAAAAUGUAAAUAUCUUGGAGCUGAUUUGCUGGUGUUUUUACAGUCUUAUAUUCAACAAUAAACAUUUUUAAAUAUAUAUAUUUUUUGGGGGGGGCAGUUGGGGAACCCUGUCCUACACUGAAGUACAGAUGACCUAUAAUCACAAAUUACAGGCAGAAGAGGAGUUGUUCAGGUCUGCAGAAGCCAUAGUGAAUGAUGGAGAUAGACAUCUUUAAAAUGGUUAAGAUAUUCUUUGAGAUUUCUGUGAACGUGGGUGUGUAUACAAUUAUAAACUCUUUCUCUCACGCUUUUCUUCUCCCUUCACUCUUCCUCAAUCUCCAGUUUGCCAAUCCUGACUUCACCCAGCCCAUCUCCGAAGUUGUGGACGAGGUUAUCCAGAACUGCCCCAUUGAUGUCAGACGUCCUCUUUACAAGGUAAUCAUAUCCCUGGAACUACAUAGAUCUUGGUUAAAAAAACACAUCCCAUUAAUAUCCAAUAAGCAUUUUGGGUUUGACUUGAACAGACUUAUCAGCUCUCUGGUCCGCAACUCCUUUCAAUAUUUUAAAAUGUUCUGUGCGCGCAAGUUGAACCCCGUUUUGUGUGUUAGUGCAUGUGUUAACCAGUGUCUUUAUUAGUCACAAUGUCUGACUCGUCCCCCUGUGUUCCUCUCCAGAACAUUGUCCUGUCAGGAGGUUCCACCAUGUUCAGGGACUUUGGGCGGCGCCUGCAGAUGGGACCUGAAGAGGACUGUGGACGCCAGGCUGAAGAUGAGUGAGGAGCUGAGUGGGGGCAAGCUCAAGGUGAGAGCAUUACCUAGUCAUGGUAACCUUACUAGAGCUGUUCCUGUUUCCUUACAGAAGUGGUCCCGUCAAGCUCUGAAUCCCUGCUGUUAUUAGUCAGAGCCUGUAACCAGCUACAGUUUGGCAGAGACAAUGUAUCAUCCAGGGAUUUGCUGCAGAAUUAAAUUCAAACAUGUAUGACUUGAAAUAAAUGACAUUUUUAUUGAACUGCUCAUUACAGAAACAUCUGUGGCUUUGCCACUGUGCAUUUAAAUAAUUUAAACAAAGGCAUGAACUUUGUAAACACUGUGUGCAAAAGGUACAGUCUUAAGAAAAAAAUAAUUUUAAAUUGUAUGUAUCUUACUGCUCCCAAGUCAGUAACAUUUCACACAACUGAAACAAGGAAUUUGCUUUGAAAAUAUUUUGUAAAAUCAAAGUAAAUAAAGUUAUAAAUAAAAAAUGAGAAAUGCACUUUUAAUUUAGACAAACUAUUUUUUAUAAACGAUUUGAAUAUUAUAAUAUAAAAUAGAUGAGCCUCACUUAUCUCAAGUACACAACAAUAACACACCACACAGACUAAAGUUCACUACGAGUAUGGCACUGCCAGCCAUACUUAUCCAACAGUUCUGUUCUCAGUGGCUCACAGGUUUUUUGCUAAGAAAACCAGAAUAUUGACUUUUUCUGGCUUCAAGGAUGAGCGAGUGCAAGUCACAAUAUUCCCUCCUGUGCUAAAAAGACGCUCUGAGGGAGCGCUUGUAGCAGGUACACAAAGAUACUUGCGUGCCAUGGUGCACAACUGUGGGUAGCUGAUCUUGUGCACCCUCCACCAAGCCAAUGGAUCAUCUUCUCCAUCAAUGGUAGGAGUCAUCAGGUAAUUGUUUAUCUCUGCCUCUGCGACUGAGAGGCAUCAUAUCUUUGGCUAUGAACUCGGUUAUUGUCCGAGUGAUUUCUCCGUGCCGUUUUGAAUUACGUUCAUACGGAGUGACACUUUCGAACAUUUCUGUCAGUGAUCCCUGUCUUGAGGUAUUUGGCUUGUCUCGCGCACUGAUGCUCGGCAUUUUGGUCAUACAACUGUCAUGCAUUGAUUUGUGGUAUUUUUUUAAGUGCUGAAACAGGUUUGUAGUGUUACCCCGUGAAGUAGCAAUCGGAGCACGGCAUGCUCUGCACAACACCUGACGUGCCAUUGAAAUCCUUGGGAAGGCCACCUAAGUGUUUUUUUGUGAAGCCUACGUCCAAACAGUGUAAGCAUAUUUUUUUUUUUUUAAAGGCCCAGUGCAGUCAACUUGAUUUUCUUUGUUUUAAUAUAUUUCCACACUAUGAGGUUGGAAUAAUACUGUGAAAAUGCUCUUUUUAAUGUAAGAGCUGUUUGAAAAGACUUAGUUAAUAGACCAAUAAGAAAGAGUUUCAAACCUCUGCCAAUAACGGCUAGUUUUCCCCACACCACUUAGACCACUCCCAGAAAGUCCUAGAAAAAAAUAGCUCUUUGCUAACAAACUAUUUUUGUUUCUUUCUGACCCUUUUAAUUGAAAACAGUCAGAGGUAAGGUAAUUAAUUGUUACCCAGAAAUUAUUUGAUAUUGAGAUAAAAAGUGCUGCAUUGGACCUUACGCUUUCAGUGUAAACUUAAACUACUAAAACCAGAUUAUAAGUACAGUGCAUUCUGAAAGUUUUCAGACCCCUUCCCUUUUUCCACAUUUUGUUACAUUACUGCCUUAUUCUAAAAUGGAUUAAAUAAAUAAAAAUCCUCAUCAGUCUACACACAAUACCCCAUAACAAGAAAGCGAAAACCGGUUUGUCUACAUUUUUGCUAAUUUAUCAAAAAUAUAAAACAAAUUCCUUAUUUACGUUAAGUAUUCAGACUCUUUGCUAUGAGACUCGAAAUUGAGCUCAGGUGCAUCCUGUUUCCAUUGAUCAUCUUUGAUGUUUCUACAACUUGGAGUCCACCUGUGGUAAAUUCAAUUGAUUGGACAUGAUUUGGAAAGGCACACACCUGUCUAUAUAAGGUCUCACAGUUGACAGUGAAUGUCAGAGCAAAAACCAAGCCAUGAGGUCGAAGGAAUUAUCCGUAGAGCUCCGAGACAGGAUUGUGUCUAGGCACAGAUCUGGGGAAGGGUACCAAAAAAUUUCUGCAGCAUUGAAGGUCCCCAAGAACAGUGGCCUCCAUCAUUCUUAAAACAAAGAAGUUUGGAACCACCAAGACUCUUCCUAGAGCUAGCCGCCCGGCCAAACUGAGCAAUCUGGGGAGACCAAGAACCCGAUGGUCACUCUGACAGAGCUCCAGAGUUCCUCUUUGGAGAUGGGAGAACCUUCCAGAAGGACAACCAUCUCUGCAGCACUCCACCAAUCAGGCCUUUAUGGUAGAGUGGCCAAACGGAAGCCAAUCCUCAAUAAAAGGCACAUGACAGGCCGCUUGGAGUUUGCAAAAAGGCACCUAAAGGACUCUCAGACGAUGAGAAAUAAGAUUCUCUGGUCUUAUGAAACCAAGAUUGAACUAUUUGGCCUGAAUGCCAAGCGUUACUUCUGGAGGAAACCUGGCACCAUCCCUACGGUGAAGCGUGGUGGCAGCAUCAUGCUGUGGGGAUGUUUUUCAGCGGCAGGGAGACUAGUCAGGAUCGAGGGAAAGAUGAACGGAGCAAAGUACAGAGAGAUCCUUGAUGAAAACCUGCUCCAGAGCGCUCAGGACCUCAGAGUGGGAUCAAAGGUUCACCUUCCAACAGGACAACGACCUUAAGCACACAGCCAAGACAACUCAGGAGUGGCUUCGGGACAAGUCUCUGAAUGUCCUUGAGUGGCACAGCCAGAGCCCGCACUUGAACCCGAUCAAACAUCUCUGGAGAGACCCUGAAUAUAGCUGUGAAGCGACACUCCUCAUCCAACCUGACAGAGCUUGAGAGGAUCUGCAGAGGAGAAUGGGAGAAACUCCCCAAAUAUAGGUGUGCCAAGCUUGUAGCGUAAUACCCAAGAAGACUCGAGGCUUUAAUAGCUGCCAAAGGUGCUUCAACAAAAUACUGAGUAAAUGGUCUGAAUACUUAUGUAAAUGUGAUUUUUCAGUUUUUUAUUUUUAAUACAUUUGCAAACAUUUCAAAAAAACUUUUUGCUUUUUCAUUAUGGGGUAUUGUGUGUAGAUAGAGGAAUAAACCCAAUUUAAUCAAAUUUAGAAUAAGGCUGUAACGUAACAAUGUGGAAAGUCAAGGGCUCUGAAUACUUUCCGAAUGCACUGUAUGUAAAAAAGAUAAUGGACCUAUACAUUUUUUUUAUAACGUAAUCUAUGAGAACUAACAAUCACUCAAAUAAAAGCUACACAGUCAUCGGGGAAUUAAAAAUGUAAAAACAAUGUAUUUAGUAAUAUUGAUUUUGUUAUGUUUGAGGAAAAGAACACUGCAUUAGCCAUGGCAAAAUGUGUAGAAUUGCAGGAAAUUAGCUUUAAAACGACAACAAUUUCUCUCAGCUCCUUGGAGGAAUUUGUAGAAUUGCAGGAAAUUGGCUUUACACCGCCAAGAUGGAGGCCGCUAAAAUGUUCUCUAAAAUUCAGCCGUGCCGACCGCACCCAUUGCCACGCCCACCACCUUAGCCCCUUUUUGAUCCAGACAAAACCCUAACAUCUAUUUAUUUCUGGUUUUUGCUUUUUCCUUCUCAGCCCAAACCAAUUGAUGUGCAAGUCAUCACUCAUCAUAUGCAGAGAUAUGCAGUGUGGUUCGGAGGAUCCAUGUUAGCCUCAACUGUAAGUAUUGCUAUUCUGUUCCUCCAUUAUGUGGGGGAAAACUGUAUUAUAAGUGGAAUUGUAGAAAUUAUGUAGUGUACUUUGGAACAAAUUUCAUAUAAGGAUACAUCUAACAUAGUAAAACAAUUUGAUUUGAAAUGUCAUUCAGAAAAUGUCAUUAUUUUAUGUGCCAUCUGCAUAACUUGCCUCCCUAGAAUGUAGUCCAAGAUGAUGCAAUGAAAGGUUACUGUCAGCACUUUAGCUGAAUUAUAUCAGUGAUUUGCAUUUUCAGAAUGAUUACUGCCAUUUAGUGUUUACUCUAAGGGCAUACUAUCUUCCAGUUUCCUUGUAACCCGAUUUGAAAUGCCAAGGUAAUUGUGAAUAAUUCCAAUGUAAAAGGGAAUAGUCCAUAAUGAAUUCAGGGGCAUCCAUUGAUAAUGUUCAUUGUGAGUGUCGCGAGUUUACAACAUUGCAUUACUCAUGAUGAGUCAACUGAAUAACAUCUUUUUAGAACAGGAUCUCCAGUACUGUAGGAUGUGACCGUAAAGUGGGUUGUGUCAUCACUGACGUUUAAAUGCUCCAGUACUGUAGGAUGUGACCGUAAAGUGGGUUGUGUCAUCACUGACGUUUAAAUGCUCCAGGACUGUAGGAUGUGACCGUAAAGUGGGUUGUGUCAUCACUGACGUUUAAAUGCUCCAGUACUGUAGGAUGUGACCGUAAAGUGGGUUGUGUCAUCACUGACGUUUAAAUGCUCCAGUACUGUAGGAUGUGACCGUAAAGUGGGUUGUGUCAUCACUGACGUUUAAAUGCUCCAGUACUGUAGGAUGUGACCGUAAAGUGGGUUGUGUCAUCACUGACGUUUUACAGCACAGCAUUUAAAUGCUUUUAGGCUUAAGUUAAUAAGGACAUACACUGUAGAUCUAUUUUUUUCUAACGUAAUGUUCUUUGGUUUGUAUGGAAGAGAUGGGCAUCUUAAACAUCUCUUUUUAAGAUUUUUUUUUUUUUUUAAGGAAGAAAAACCCAAACCCACUCGCUUUGACUCUUGUUUUGUAAUGUCUUUAAGAUCGUUUGUUUUCAACGUUUUUUUGUUUUUUUUCUCUUUUAUUCAAAUAUGCCAAAUGUCAACACAUUGCUUUCUCUUUUCUAGCCUGAGUUCUACCAGGUAUGCCACACCAAAAAGGACUAUGAGGAGAUCGGGCCCAGCAUCUGUCGUCACAACCCCGUGUUCGGAGUCAUGUCUUAACUGUGGCCGUCCAAUAUCUAAUGGUUAGACCGGGUGGGUUGGG